AUGCUUCCUGCCAUCACAAGUUCCCAAUUAAUCUUUUCUCUGAUCAUUAAAAUUAACGAAUUUGACGACAUGUUUCUAAUUAGAAGCUUCGUUUUCUUUUUUCUUCGUCUUUGGUUUGCAAACGUAUCAUAUGUGAUCACUCUAGAUCAAGUAUUUUAUUACGAAUCGCGAAAUUUCGUUGAUAGGUCAGUUGAAGAACCGAAAAAUUUUACUGUUGAAUGGUCACCUUCUUUAGAUCUCGAAAAUAACUCCAAAAAACCACCGAAUGGUUUCAUUAGUUUUCGCGCCAAAUAUACGGAAAGUCUUAAACGACGUGGAAUUAAUCGUCCUAUGCAUAUCGUUAGUAAAAUGGCAUCUGCAGCGUGGAAAAAUUUAAACAACGAUGAAAAAGAAGCGUAUAAAUCUUUAUCAUACAAAGCAAGUGUUAGCAACUGGGAUUUAAAACUGAAUAAAAGAUCUAUGAAGCCGGGUAGCCAUAAACGGAAGCAAAAUAAAAAACCCAUCAAUAAAAGGUCAAGCGGACAACAGCUUUCUCAAGCUAUGAGAACCGACCUAAAUGGUAGAAAUUUGCAUUUUUCGGGUUUUAUUAUUGAGUUCAAUGAAUUAAAUUAUGAUCAGGCCGCAAUUUUCAUUGACUGA